GUAUUUAUACAUGGAAUGAAAAUCAAUAGCCAAGUCUGAAAUCCACUUCAAUUUAGAAGAUUCUGAGAGUAAUUAAAUGAGCGGGCCUGAAAUCCACCUCAAUUUGGAAUCAUCUGAGAAUAAUUAAAUGAGCGAAUCUGAAAUCCACCUGCAACAAUAGUGUUGCCAACAUUGUAUGUGAUAAAUAAUCGCCAUGACUGUGUUAUUGUAUCUUUUCAUCGUGAGGCAGGUCGAACAAAAACUGAUUAAUCCUUUUUUUUGGAAUUCUUUAGAAAAUUAUACAAAAAAAAAAAAAUUCGAAUUAACGCUAAAAGAUUUGCCCCUUGGAAAAAAAAAGAAAAAUGCCAAAAAUUACGGAACUUACUUCCAGUGAUGAUGAAUAUGAAGAUGCCUUCAGUGACGUAGAUAACGGCAAUAUUGCGAUGCGAAAGAAGGAAGUUAAUGAUAAUGUUGCUUCAUUCGAUGCAUUGGAUGAUGAGAAUCUUAUCCAAAAACUGAAUGAUUCACACAUCGUGACAAAAGAAGAUUCUGAAAAAGCAAACAACACUUCAACAACAACAUGUCCAUUAAACUUUGAGGAAGCAAAUCAGCAAACCGGCCAUGCAGAAGGAGACGCAAAAACAGGGGAAGAUUCUGAAAAAGCAACAACAUAUGCAGCGAAUUUUGAAGAGAUAAAUCAAACUCAAAGGGAUUGGAUUCCACCCGAUGAAAGUGAUAAAAAUUAUACGGAACAAGAAGGCGAAGAAGUCAAACCUGAACUCAUUGAUGAAGAUAUUGAUGAAAAAGCUAUGCGUGAAAAAGAAGAAACUUUAACAUUUGAAGAAUUGGAAGCUAAUAAGGAGAAAGCGAUAAAUAUGAAACUAGAAGCUAAUGAACUUUUUAAAAAUGAUAAAUCAAUGGAAGCCAUUGAGAUUUAUACAGAAGCUUUGAAAAUUUGUCCCACCAAAUAUGGCAAAGAAAGAGCCAUUUUGUAUGGAAAUCGUGCGGCGGCAAAGAUAAAAAUCGAGUCAAAGAAAUCCGCAAUACAGGACUGCAGUAAAGCUAUUGAACUCUGGCCAGACUAUGUACGAGCACUUUUAAGAAGAGCCAAGCUUUACGAAUUGGAUGAUAAACUGGAUGAAGCUUUAAAAGAUUAUAAACGAGUUUAUGAACUUGAGCCAGGUCAGCGUGACGCUUGCGAAGCUAUGAUUCGCUUACCGCCAUUAAUCGAUGAACGUAACGAACGUUUAAAGGAAGAAAUGCUAGGCAAAUUGAAAGACUUGGGUAAUAUGAUAUUAAAACCAUUUGGUCUAUCGACUUCGAAUUUUCAAAUGCAAAAAGAUCCUACAAGCGGUUCAUAUUCAAUCAAUUUCAAUCAAAAUUCAAGUUAGACAUAAUUUAUGUAACAUUUGGAUGAAAAGUAAAUUUUUAUAUUGGCAAAGUGAAAAAUGUGUAAAAUGCGCUUGAUUUGCUUUAUAUACAGUUAAUAAAAUCAUGCAUGUAUCAGGUUAA